CACUGCGUUCAGCCUCACGGCUCCUUCUCGCGCCCUGUAACCCUGCGCUAAAGGAUAACUUUAAAGGAAAUUCGGCUGGAGCGACGGAACUCUUCCUCUUAUCCCAGAAGUGUCUUUUGUGUGGACAGAUCCGCCAAGGAUAAAGUUGCAAGAACUUUUACGCAAGAAAAGGACACUGAUGAAGCACAGUAGUUUGACUGUAGAUAAUCGGGUUUGAGAGUUUUAGUUUUACGCGGAGUUUGGUGAGAUCUGAAGAGGCGGCUGGCUGUUUAGUCGAGAUCAUUUUAAACUUACAGAAAGCCAGUCAGCUGGACUGUUUAACUCUUUGCAUCACGGCUGGAUUACCCGAUUACUGCCAACUGAUUUUCACUGAUCGGCCAUAAUUUAUUUAGAAGAUUCAUUGACUGAUUUCAAAGUGAGAGCUCAAGUAGUUUGUGGUGUUGAUAUAUCGUAUACACGCGCCUGAAACUGUCCAUCAAGUGUGCGACAGAUAAGAGCGCCGAUACAAGACGCAAGUUCAGCACUGUGAGAGACUUUGGGAGACUUUGUUUGUGCGUUUUUGCUGAAGUUAGAGAAAACCAGAGCAACCCUGAUGUUCGUCAGGCUGACACAUCCUGUGCGGAUGAUCUAGCACGCAGUCAUCACAGUUUGUUGUUUCUGUUAAGGUAGUGAGGCUGUCAGACUUGUGCGCUCUCGCCUCCAUCCUUUGCGCUUCCACAGUGGACUCCUGACACCGCCAGCGUCUGGAGGGAAAGAAAUAAAAAGAACUGUUUUUCUCCUCCAAAAGAGUCCAGCUCUUCUGAUACAACCAGGCCAGGUGGCACUGACCCAAACUGUUGUGAUGCAUAUUCCCGUAGAGCCGCCCACCACCAGACGGUUCACGCCGCCCUCCACGUCCUUCCCCUGCAGUAAGCUUGGAGACGGCAACGGGGCCAUGGCCACCCCGGGGCCCCUCAGGUCAAGACCGGACACCAGGAACGUGGUUGAUGUCCUGGCGGACCACGCCGGCGAGCUGGUCAGGACCGACAGCCCCAACUUCCUCUGCUCAGUCCUCCCGUCUCACUGGAGGUGCAACAAGACGCUCCCCGUGGCUUUCAAGGUCGUGGCUCUCGGUGAUGUCCCCGACGGGACUCUGGUCACCGUGAUGGCCGGGAACGACGAGAACUACUCGGCCGAGCUGAGGAACGCCUCCGCCGUGAUGAAGAACCAGGUGGCCCGUUUUAACGACCUGCGCUUCGUGGGCAGGAGCGGACGAGGAAAGAGCUUCACUCUGACCAUCACCGUGUUCACCGGACCGCCACAAGUGGCCACCUACCACCGCGCCAUCAAAGUCACCGUGGAUGGACCCCGAGAGCCACGCAGGCACAGAGUGAAGAUAGAAGACCCCCAGAAGAUGCAGUUCUCGGACAGGCUGUCAGAGAUCGAGCGCUACCAGCGGUCUAUGCGGAUAGGCCCAAUGAGCAAUAAUCCCCGCCCCAGCCACCAAACCCACCUUAGCACCACACAAGCCCUGUGGCAGGAGCAAAUGGACACCCCCGCUCUGAAGACAUGCAAAGUGGAGGAGGACCUGAGACCAUGGCCAGGGACAACAGACCUCUUCAACCAGAGGACCACCUUCCCGUCUCUGGCACCGCUAACUGACCCUCGCUUCUCAGACCCCCGCAUGCACUACCCCGGGGCCUUCCCCUACUCCACCAACACCUCCAGUACCGGCAUCAGUGGCCUCAGCAUGUCAGCUUCAUCUAGAUACCACACCUAUCUGCCGCCACCCUACUCAAAUAACCAAAGCCAGAACUUCCAGUCCAACUCCUACCUGUAUUACGGCACAGGCUCUGGAUCCUACCAGUUCUCCAUGGUGGCACCGGGGAACACCGGAGGCGAGCGCUCCCCCACCCGCCUGCUGUCCUGCUCGGGGGCCACAGGGGCUGGAGGGACCAACAGCCUGAUGAACCCGGGCCUGAACAACCAGAGCGAGGGCGUGGAGGCCGAUGGCAGCCACAGCAACUCCCCCACUGCCAUGAGCGCCUCGGGCCGUCUGGAUGAGUCUGUGUGGAGGCCUUAUUGACUGACAGACAGCUAGACAAUCAGAGGGUGCAGGAGGAGGGAGGGAGGAAAAAGUAAAGAGGAUGAUGAACAAAAAAGAUAAACACUGAAAGAAAAAGAAAAAAAAAGAGAAAUGCUGCAUGUUUGUCUUUUAUUUCUCCGGCACUCGCUUUAAAGACUUUCUCUGUUUUACCAACUCUCUCAAGACUUCCAUGUAUUUUGUACAUUUUGAGUAAACUCCUGCACUGUGCUAAAACAUGUACUCUUAAAAGGACUAUAAAAGCCAUAUAAGUUGAGAAGAUGUUCAGCUGAAACUGUAAAUAGAUGUAAGGGUAAAACCAGAGAAGCCAUAGUGACGUUUCAGGAUCAUAUGAUUUAAACAGGUACUCAUGAAAGACAAAAGAACAAAAGACAAUGGAGGUAUGAUCAGUGAUGAACUAAAAAAACACGGCUUCAAACAGACUGUUCAGACUGAUCCAACUCACUUGGUCAGUGGAGACGAGCUGUCGGACUGGAUGUUUGCUCCCCGAGUGACUCCGACCUUCCAAGGCAUGGCUGCACUGCUGUAGCAAUCAGCCCUUUUAAGCUUUAAUUUCUGCAAAAGUUGAAUAUCAUGAAAAUAUUGUGUCAGUUGUGAAAACAUCUUCAGUUGCAUCCAGGGCUGUUUCAUGUGCUCAUGCAGUACCUUAUUGCCUAAUUUAUUAUCCAAAUGGACACAUUAGCCUUUGGUGCUACAGUAUGCAGUGGACAUUUCAACAAAAUCACUGCAUAUUUGAGAGAAAAGCCUUUUAUGUGUCAGGACUCACAUGUUAAAGACAUGAAUUCUCCUCUGCUGUGUCAUCAGUGUAUCAAGUUUCAACAGGACAAUGGCUGAUAUUUUGAGGAAUGUAAAAGACUAACGCAGAGGAGUGUUUAUUGGUUUCUUUUUCCACAGGAAUAUUUAAAGUCCUGUCAUGUCUUCUCUUUACUUUUUCCUUACAUUUCUUAUCCAAGCCCUUUUGAAAAAAAAAAAAGUCCUAGUCUGGUAUUUUUAAACUGGAUGACACAGUUUACUUUUGAUAUUUAUUUGAGCCAAAUUGUGAGGAAAUGUGCGCAUAUACCCAAAAUCCUUAAGCAUUUCUCUCUACCUUUCCUUUUUUAUAUAUAUACAGUAUAUAAGCCUUAUUUUGUUGUUAAGUAUAAAUUUGGAAUUUGUGUAAUAUAUUGCUACUAAAUUAUAAAAAAACCAAAACCUUUAAUGUAAUUAUUUUGUCUUCCAAUGUAGCUUUGAUGCACUAAAAACUUUUAUUCCUUAUGAACCACGCCCAACAGAUUCUGUUAGUGAGAUGGUGUAUCUAGAGCCGUAAUCCUUUAAACAAUUUCCAAAUUGCCUUCCUGCGCUAAAUAAGCCAUUCGCUUAAUUUUUGCACUAUGUUUGAAUUUUCAUUUCGCUUUUUUUUUUGGUUAUGUAUUUACAAAUAUCUGAAACUCUGCCGAAUUAAAUAUUAAAAUAUUCCUUCACAUGUUUUUGCUGAACACACUUAAAGUGUCCUUUUAACAAAUCCUUCGCCAAGUAAUGAAUGAUGUCAUGAUUAGACACACAACACACACACACAUUCCUGCGCCACAGGUGUGUGUGCACAUUCCCCUGUCUGGAGGGCCUUUCCCCCGCAGUUACACAUGUGAUCCCUCUAUCCCUGGAGGAGGAGGAGUGUGAGGAUGAAGGGAUAGAAGGAGGAGAUUGGGUCAGAGUGGUAUCUUCUUACCAACACCAAGGGCAGUUAUGCAAAAAAAAAAAAAAAAAAAAAAAAUUCUGUUGUUGUGCACAGGUCUCUUUGUUCUUUAUAAUCACUGAGUGCUUUGAAGCCUUUAUGGCCCUGAUUCUGUCUUUUCUGCUCUCAUUUACUGAUCAUUGGUGCCAGGGGCUCACGGCUCUGCCAAUAAUUCACACACCUGCACAGAUUAUCUGGGUAUGAGCUGUGUUGAGGAAUUGAAAGCAGGUAUCAGAUGAGGCAGAAAAGUUUUUCACAACAAGGGAGCAUUCAUGACUCUGAAUGAUGGGGAUUAAGUUGCUACAAAAGUGAGAUUUAAUUUCUAAGUGAAUCCAAAAAGGCUUGCAUUUGCAGCUCAGGAAGAAAUAAAUUAUGCAAGGUGUUUUGCAGAUAAAGACCCUUUGCCUUAUUGUUCUUUUUAAAACAAUCAGUAACAAUGUCUCAUUCCUAUUUCCCUUUUAUUUAGAGGAAAAGCAUGUUUCCUGCUGUCUCCUCUGGAGCCUUUAGACGGUAGAGGACCUUACUUUAUUAUAGGCAAAAAAAAUCAUGCAGCUAGAGAAACCACAUAUGUACUUAUAUUUGUGUGGUUCCUUCAAAAACAAACCAAAGACCUUCACAAACUGCCUGUAAUACUGUCAGGAUGAUGUGAACGAUGUGUGGCAAAUGCUGUCUUGAUGACUCUCUAACAUCAUUCUUCAUGCAAAAUUAGGAAGCCAAAAUGUACAAGUGAGUUGUAUUUUAUUGUAUAUUGGAUUAAAGAGCACAAUGUUACUUUUUUCUUUUCUUUUUCUUUUUACAAGAUGCCCCUUUCCCUUGCCAUUUACCAAAAACUUUAAUUCAUGUUUGCUCCUUUCAUUUCUCUUAUGCUCAAAGCAUGUACAUCUGAAACUGAUAUGUUAAUUUAAGAAUCUCAUCUAUGUAUGUAAUGAUAUCAUUAAUGCUUCCAUAUUGAGUGCUUGUAAAGUUUGCGGAUAAUGUAGUUUUUAAUCAUUUUAAUUAAAAAAAAAACCCAUGUGUCUCAC